UCACUCUCUUCUUCUUCUUCUCUUCUUCCCCACUAGAAAAAUAUCAUCACCACAUGCAUACUCAGCCACGUCGUUUCGAAAUCGCAAAUUUGAUUAAAGAAAUCUCAAGUAGAGGUUUGGAGCCUCUCCUCUGGUACUCCCCCCCGUCUCGCUCUUUCUCUCUUUCAUCUUGGAUCUCUCCUUCUUCCCCAUGACUUCUCUUACUCUGGUUGCUUCUUUUCCUCCCUUUUAGGGUUUUUGGAAAUCUAGGUUUUGUUGGGUGCCAGAAGUUGCAGUCACAGGGUAAGAUUUAGAGAGUGAAACGAUGUCUGCUUCGACCGUCGCGAUCAAUGCGAAUCCGGCGGUCGACGGUAGCCCUUCGUUGGCUAUGGGUUCUAAGCCAACUGCGAGGAGAAGGUCUGUCGUUGUUGCAGAGAAGAAAUCGAGUGUCCAAAUGGUUGGGGACGGAGUUUCUGACGCCGUUGGGGAUGAGAAAUUACCUGGUGGGAAAGAUUUCAGUCAUUCGAUUAGGGGUGAGGCGGUUCUUGAGAGACCCAAAGAUUUGUUGCAGGAGAAGAAGAAUUUGAUCAAUUCCACAAUUUCGCCUCGGCGUACUAAGAAAGUGGUUCCGAAGCCGGAGAAACACUGGUGGCAGAGAGGUUUUAGUACUCUGAUUUGGAAUUUGUUGUCUCUUCUUAUUGUGUUAGUUCUUGCUCAAUUGAUGUGGAAAGCUUACAAGUCUGAGGACAGUGCUGUUGGUCGACUGGGUAUGUCGGAUUUCGAAGGGCGGAUUGCGGAGGUUGAGAAGUUUGUAAAGACGACAUCCAAAAUGAUACAGGUUCAGGUUGAGGUUGUGGAUCGAAAGCUGACGAAGGUAGAAGAGAAAGGAGCGUCUCUUGAGAAUGAAAUGAAGAAACUGGUGGAUAGGACUGAUGGAAUUGACGGGUCUUUGGGUGAGUUGAUGACUGCUGGUAUCAUUACUAAGGUGGAUUUUGAGCGGUUUUCAGAGGAGUUGAAGAAGAGUAGAAGCCCUGAAGCGAGUGAUAAAGAUUGGACUUUGGAUGACAUUAGGGCCUUGGCCAGAGACAUUGUCUCGAGUGAGAUUGAAAAACAUGCGUCUGAUGGGCUUGGAAGGGUGGAUUAUGCAUUGGCCUCUGGUGGGGGCAUGGUGGUUAGGCAUUCAGAACCCUACUUCCCUGGUAAUGGCCGAAGUUGGUUAUCUGCAACUACUGGCCGAAUUGGGGUUCAUAGCGAUGCGCAGAAGAUGUUGCAGCCAAGUUUUGGAGAGCCUGGACAAUGUUUUCCUCUAUCUGGAAGCAGUGGGUGGGUUGAGAUUAGGCUGAGAGCUGCAAUUGUCCCAGAGGCCAUUACUCUUGAACAUGUUGCCAAGAUUGUUGCCUACGACAGGUCAAGUGCUCCAAAGGAUUGUCGGGUUUCUGCAUGGCUACAAAAGCACGACAGUGAUCCAUCUGUACAGCCUGAGAUGUUUCUGCUGACAGAGUUCACUUAUGAUCUCGAGAAGAGCAAUGCGCAAACUAUUGAUGUUGAUUCAACUAGUUCAGGAUCCAUCAACAUGAUCAGGUUCGACUACAUAUCCAACCAUGGAAGCCCAUCCCACACAUGCAUCUAUCGGUUGAGGGUACAUGGUUAUGAACCUGAAUCUGUUGCAGUGUUGGCAACUCAAUCCUGAGAGUACACCCAAGCCAAUCACCCCAUUUUGUAAUCUUAUGUUUCCCUUUUUGUAGUUCUGAUCUAUCUUGCGUCCUGCUCUUUGCAACAUGGAAUUCCUUUUCUUCUACACAGAACCAUUCAUUGACAAUGUAAAUCUCAUCUGUAGGUUCAUCAGUUUUCCCUGUCUCAGGAUUAUACCUAGUCAAUCUUAGUCUAAUUGAAGCAGCUGGAAAAUUUUCUAUUUUGUCUUUUCAAAUCCAGAGACAACAAUGAAGUCGGUCAAAUUUGUGUGUUGACCUAGUAGAUUUAAAUCUUUAAUGUUGGCAUUACAAA